UGGGAUUUUAUUAACUGGCUUAGAAUGAAACAAUUGAGGCGCAUUGGAUGGGGAAUCAAGCAACAUCGCCGCAUCUACCUAGUCGCCUUACUGUCGUGCGCUUUGGUCUACUAUGCCAUCAGCAAUCGAAUGCCAAGUAGCGAAGAUGCCCAGCAGUCAUUCGAUCAACCGAUCGAGGCGGGGUAUUUUGUGAAUACCUCGGGCUGUCGCAUGUUCGCCCUCAACCCUUGGCCAGCGGCACUAGCCUCGUAUUUCCAUCGACUGGACAAUUACGCAUGCAGUAAGCCAGCCAUAUUCGUAGCCAAAACGAUGCGGGAAAAGAACUAUUUACUGCGAACUUUGUCGGAUGAGAAGGUGCUUAGACUCUUUCAGGUCAAUCGAGUUUCGGAUGUUGUCUGCACAUAUAAAACAGUUAGGCGUGUUGACGAUCUCACCAAUAAGUAUGGUAAGGAGACAACUUUUCGGCUAGGCAGUCGGAAGAUUCAAGUCAAAGUGGACGAUGGAUCGACCACAUUGAGAAUUUGGUGCGUCGAUAGAAACAAUCAGACGAUCUAUCGUGAUGUGCAUUUCUUUCUGCCUGCUGCCAAUCGUCAAAAAGCGCGACUCAAGUCCUCGUCCGCAAAUCGUCUGUCGGUGAUGAUAAUUGGCAUCGAUUCGAUCUCACAUAUGCACUAUCUACGCUCCAUGGAUCAGCUGUCCGGCUACAUCAAAACUCUGCCUCAUGUGGAGUUCUGGGGCUAUAACAGCGUGGGGGCCGAUUGGUACGCCAACUUGAUGCCGCUCCUGAGCGGAUUGAAUGCCAAAGAGCUGAAGACAAGCCGCUGCUAUCACUCAAAUAGCUACGAUGAUUGCGGCUUGCUUUGGAAGCACUUCAAGGCGGCUGGCUACAAUACGAGCUAUGCCGAAGACAUGAUUGGAUCCAGCUUUAGCCAGGAUCAGUUCCGCUUUCGCCAACAGCCCACGGACUUUUAUCUUCGACCCGUGAUGCGAGAGGUGCAUAAUCACACAGGCUACGUCAUAGAUGAGCUAGAUGCCAUCUCUUGUACUGGAAGUCGCAAGUAUUCCGAUAUUCUGCACGAGUUCUUCUACAAGCUGACACCCCAUAUCGAGCGCACUCCCAGCUUCUCGUUCUUUUGGCAGUCCCAGGGCGUGCACGACUACCUGAACUAUGCCCAGUUGCUGGACAUGAAUUAUCUUCGGUUAUUUCAUCACUUGACUGAGAAUGGGAUACUUAACAGGACUCUGGUGCUCCUGAUGUCGGAUCAUGGAAUGCUCUCCAGUUCGUAUAGCACCACCUAUCAGGGCACGCUCGAAGAGUCGCAGCCCCUGCUAAUAGCUAUAUAUCCCAAAUGGCUAGAGGAGGCUUACCCUCUAGCUAUUUCGAAUCUGCACAGUAAUGAUCGUAGUCUCGUCACAAGCUUCGACCUGCACGUGACCCUCAAGGACCUGACUAACUUGGAGCUGCUUCGCGAUACAAACAUUGAGAGCCAGAUGAUAAAGCUUGCAGCACUGGGUCGCAAUAUGGCCCGAGGUAUCAGCCUAUUCCUGCCGAUACCAGAAACACGUACUUGUCCAAUGGCAGGCAUUCCCCCCGAUUAUUGCCUCUGCCACACCUCGAUGCCGUUAGCUCCCGACGACGAAAGAGCCCUGAUAGCAGGUGCAUUUGUCGUGAAGCAGAUCAACCUCAUUAUAGGAAAUGAAGCACAUUGCAGCCAACUGAUACUGGGGGUAGUGAAGACGGCGCAUGUCCUAAGCCGGGAUUUCGAUGACUACGGGUUCGAUGUUCAGGUUCGACUGCAGACAUUGCCAGGCAAGGGACUCUUUGAGGCAACCACCCGAUUCCUUGGAAACUCAAUAGACCUGAAUGGUCCCAUUCUGCGGGCCAACAAACAUGGCAAUGAAUCCUACUGUGUGGAUAACAAACGCAUUGAAUUAUUUUGCUUUUGCACAAAAUCUUUUUAGAGAAAUCAAAUUAGCUUUCAUUUUAAUCUAUUUAAUG